GAUUUAUUUAAUCUAUAGGUUAUAGAGAAAUCUAUCAAUGUUACAGAAUCACCAGUAAGGUCAGCAAAGUUUGUAGCACGUGAGCAAUGGAUUGUUGCAGGAGCUGAUGAUAAGUUUAUUCGCGUAUACAAAUUCAAUUCUGAUGAAAAGAUUAAAGAAUUUGAGGCGCACACAGAUUAUAUCAGAUCCAUAACCGUGCAUCCAACACUUCCAUAUGUGUUGUCAGCAUCUGAUGACACGCUUAUAAAGCUCUGGGACUGGGAGAAGGAUUGGGCGUGCGCUCAAGUCUUUGAGGGACAUAGCCAUUAUGUAAUGCAAGUAGCAUUCAAUCCAAGAGACACCAACACCUUUGCGAGUGCAUCACUUGAUUGCACGGUCAAGAUAUGGGAUCUUGGCACACGUACUCCAACUUUCACUCUCGAGGCGCAUUCAAAGGGGGUUAAUUGUGUCGAUUUCUUUGCAAAUAGUGAUAAAGCCUAUCUAAUCAGUGGCUCUGAUGAUCAUGAUGUUAAGGUGUGGGACUAUGAGACCAAAACUUGUGUCCAGACGCUAGAAGGCCACACACACAAUGUUACAACAAUAUGUGUUAGUCCAGAAGUUCCCAUUAUUUUUACGGGUUCAGAGGAUGGGACUGUUCAUGCGUGGCAUGCAAUGACUUUCAGGCUUGAAAACUUGCUGAAGUAUGAACUUGGAAGAGUUUGGGCUAUCGGUUGCAUUGAAGGUUCACCCAAGAUUGUAAUUGGUUGCGAUGAAGGGACCAUUAUGGCAAAAGUUAUGUGUUCUCACAAUUGGGAUUCUGCGAAUCGUCAGAUUGAGGAGGAAGACUCGAAUGAAUAACCAAGUCGUUAUGUUGAUGCUAAGGAGGAAUACUAGAAAGAUUAACAGCUAUUGUUAAUGCUUUUACUACUACUUCUAUGGUGUGUUUGAAUGAAUAAUUUGUCUAUCUUCCUGGUGGGUGAGAGACUUGAAGAAAUUAUGUUGUCUACUACUACUACAAUGGUGUGUUUUGAAGCAAUCUCGAGUAGAGAGAACAUAUCUUGGUCGAAAAAAUUAUACUUGAUUACUAAUUUUACAUAAUUUCUUACAUCUCU